GGCUCUCUCAGUCUCUCUUCUGCAACUCUCUCUUUCUCUCUUCUGCAACCUCCUCUUUCACCACCUCUAGGCCACCAAAUGGCGAGCUGGGAGCAUCGAUGGACUCGUCUCCUCCUCCUUAUCACGCAUGUGGGAGUUGUUUGCGACGAUUUGGCCGGAAAUGUGGAGAUCGAAGCCAACAUUUUUACUGUAGCAAAUUGGUCAACGCCGAUUUCCGGCCACCUCCGGUCAUAAAGUCAGGUCCAUUAGAAACGCCUUGAGCCACUCUUCAUGCUCACCAAGUUUUAUAACCCACAUCGAAGCAUGGAGGAAGAAAGCAUAAUUGGAAAAUUUCACUGUACUUCGGAGUGCUUAAUUGUUCGGCCACUUCAAGGGCGAUGUACCGAGCUAUUGCUCGACGAAGGAACUCGUAUGCAUGGUCGUCUAAAUAGUACUGGUAAUUUUGUGCGCUUAAUUCAGGCGUACCAGCUGGACAUCAUGUUUCAUUCACCAUUGAUCAAGCUCCACUGACAAGUAAUGUUCAGAAGCUCAACCAUGGUGUCAAAGUCAUCAAGACCGCUACGCUUAAUGCUAACUAUGCCCCUAUCAGUACUCAGAUAAUGAUCGGGUCUAUUCUAAUUAGUUUGGUCGUUACACCACAUAAGCCCGAAGCCCCGUGCCUCGAGUCCCCACAACAAGUACAUCUACAAUCAAUGACAGCUACUAUAGCUUCUGAACCUCAGAUAGUCAAGUUCAUGUCAACCUCUGACAACUCAUCUGGCACACAGGACAAAGUUGUUAAGGCACACCACCGACAGAAUCUAUCAGUGGUCAACAAAACAGCCUCUACAACUGGAAAGUCCAAGAAAAUACGUAUACCAGUGGGGGCAUUCCAAGCACAUAAAUCAUAGGGGGCAUUUCCAGUUAACAUACCACAGGGGGCCUUCCCGGACUCUUCAGCAGAAUCAAGACCAUCUAUGGUCCCUGUUGUUAGUCAACAUACUCAAGCAUUGUUUGAGACAAAUGACGGCACAAAGCCUGAGACUAUGUCAGUUAUGGUCACAAACGCAUCAACAAUAGAAGAGCAGCUAGAAGAAAUGAAGAGAACGCUAGCUGAAAAAGAUGCUCAAAUAGCAGCGCCUGACUUCUCAAUUGGCUACUAUGGCCAACAUAAGCGAUCAUAAAAAUGAUGGAAAGAGUGAUCGUGAAAAGAACAUCGGAGGGCAUGGUUCCACAAUUGCAAGUCUUGAAGACAUAAAGACACUAAUUGCAGAAGGAAUCCGUGAAGUAUACACCUCCUCAAAUCCACAGUUCUCUGGGUACUUGAAACCCUACCCUGCUCAUUACGAUACGCUACCAUUCCCUAAAGGCUAUCAGAAGCCAACUUUUGACAAGUUCGAUGGAGUAGAUGGCUCUCCGCAUGAACAUUUGGCUCAUUUCUUCUCAGCCUGUAGGGAAACAUCACAGUUAGAUGCAUUGUUAAUAAGGCAGUUUGUUCAGUCCCUUAAAGGAGCAGCUUUUACUUGGUACAGUCAAUUACAACCAAGUUCUAUCCUCACAUGGGACGAUAUGCAAAGAGCUUUUCUGGCACAGUUUGUCAGCUCCAAAAAGAAAGUCUCGAUUAUCGACUUGGCUGACACUAAACAGAAUUCUGAUGAAAGCACUAAUGAAUUCAUUUCCAGAUGGAGGAGCUUAAACCUCCAAUGCUUAGAAAAAUUGACAGAGAUUUCGGCAGUACAAAUGUGCUCAAACAAUCUCUUACCAGAGAUAGCAACUUUUGUUAGCACCGCAGAACCUCAAACAUUUGAAGCACUAGUCUCAAAAGCUAGUAAUGUUGAAAGACAAGUUGCCCGUAAAAAGUUUAUGACACAAAGGGCAUCCUUUAAAGACCAUAGAGUUGACAAUACAGAUGAGUCGUUGGCAACCUUUGUCAAGACUGACAACAAGUCAAAUACAUGCAAAGGAAGAGAAGGGUCUAGAAAGCUCACCCUCAAAGAAAGAAAAGAAGUCAAAUACUCUUUCGAUGAUGAUGAUGUCGAACAUAUUUUCGGUGAGCUCAUCAACGCACAAGCUAUUGAGCUUCCUGAACCGAAACGACUAGGUGAAGUCAACAAUACCAACGACCCCAAAUUUUGCCAGUAUCAUCGAAUUGUAGGUCACUUAACAAGGGAUUGUUUUGUUCUGAAAGACAUAAUCCAAAAGAUGAUCAAUAACAAGGAAAUUGAGGUGGAGACAUCAUCGGCAGAGUGAAAUCCAAAUUUACCUCCGAACUUACCGGUCUCUCAAAAGGUGCUUCG